AUGGAAUCCACCUCUAUUGAUAAAAAAAAAGAAUCUGUCGAUCAACCUUUAGAAACCACUAACAACAACAACGCUAUUGAAGAUGUUGAUAUGCUAGAUAACCACGAACAGGAAGAAGAAGAAGAAGAAGAAGCAGAAGAAGAGUUUGAUGGAAAUAAAAUCAGACUGCUUCGCGAAGCUACUGCAGACGAUGGAACUUGUGCAUCUUUCCAAAUUGCUGAAGAAGAUCACACUUUGGGCAAUUCUUUAAGGUAUAUUAUAAUGAAAAAUCCCCAGGUUGAAUUCUGUGGGUAUUCUAUUCCUCAUCCAAGUGAAAAUUUUUUGCAUCUAAGAAUUCAAACCUACGGAGAGAUAACUGCUGUUGAGGCCUUGCAUAAGGGAUUACAAGAUUUAAUGGACCUAUGUGAUGUUGUAGAAGAUAAAUUCACCUCUAAAAUUAGAGAUAUGUAA